CCGGCAGUCAGUCGCCCGCUCCAACGACAUGUUGUCGCAUCGACGUUGAUCCCAUCUCUACCACCUUGUGUAGCAAAACUAUCAAAGACAAUCGAUCAAAUAAUCGCAAGCGGACGACAUGGCUGCUCUUACCGAAGCCCAGAUCGAGCACAUCGAGCUGCUGGAGAAGCUCGACACUCACGCCAUCCACAAGUCGUUCCGAAGCGCCAACUGGAAACCAAACCAGCGCCGAAACAAGAACCUCAAAGCCAUUGUUGGCGAUGCGACAAAACGAGAAGCCUCUGCUAUGGCUACUCCCCAAGAUGGCAGCGGCAAUGUUACUCCAGGAGCUGAUGGCGGCCUAUCCACGAGCGGUACUACGACACCAGCAAUGAGCAGCAACGGCAGAGAUCAACCUAACUUAGCACAAGCAUCACAGAGCCUAUCGAAGCUGGUUUUGGAAAAGUCUCUUAAGCCUCCAGGUAUUGCUGGCAGCGCGCCGUCUGCUACAUACACAAACAUCGAAUCUGCGCCGUCGCUUGCGCAUCCCAAGCACUACUGCGACGUCACCGGUUUGCCAGGUCCUUACAUGGAUCCAAAGAGCCGAUUGCGAUAUCAUAACAAGGAGAUCUUUGGAUUUAUCCGAUCUGUACCGCAAUCAACAGCGGAGUUGUACCUCGAGGCUCGCGGAGCUCACACAAUUCUCAAAUAGACGAAGGGGCACAAGACAAAAAGUAUGCCGUGUCUUGUUGUGUAACGGGACACGCCGCUGGCGUUUGGGAUACGUUUUUUUUUGGUUCUUUACAUUGCGGGCGUUGGUUAUUCCAUAGAGCAUUAUGAAUUUUAUCUUUGUUAACAAACUACUGGUUUACAAAACUGUCCGACCAACAAAGUCAAGCUUCGACUAUGCACCCUCCACCUUUCGACGGAGGGAUGGCAGUUGACGCUCCGGCUUAAUCGUGAUCAUGUAAUAAGUCUGUUCUUUGCCAAAAAAGAUUCGACGGAUACCGAAAGAGACAUGGACUGUCCCUCAGUUGCCAAAGCAAAGCUAAGGCUGUCGAGGCAUGAGUUGCUUCACAUUUCGACCACGUACGAAGAUGGUCGGUUCAGAAGUGAGUCCCUCACAAGGGAUUGACCUACCGUUUGUAGCUUCGCGGGCAUUAAAAAGACAGACGCUUCGGCGUAGUUAACAACAGCCUCACCCAUCCAGCCAAAUACUUGACAUAGUGUCAUGGCGCUUGACGGAAGCCUGGGAGCAUGAGCAGGUCGUAGUGGCCAUCUAGGUGGUGACAGAUUGCCACCAAUACUAUUGCUUUGUUUGCAGGCACAUCGUCAGUAAGCGUAUCAGUUACACAUUACAGUGUGUAGUUUUUGCCUCUCGAGCUCGUAACUGUUCCCGCUGUCGGCAACGGCCUUUGAAAGGGGGAUAGCCG